UAUGAACCCGUGUGACUUUGAUGAGAUGGUUGUAAAGUCUGUGCGUGUCUGUGUGCGUGUGUUUGUGUGUGUCGACCUGUGGCCAGUAACGCAGCAGUGUGCUGGAGGGCAAAGUCUCAGGGAUCGUGUGUAUCUGAUUUGCUGUGAGGACACACAGGCUUCAGCUGCAGGCGGAGCAGCUGAGCCGGGCAGUGUGUGUGUAUGUGUGUGUGUGGACACAUGCAGCAUGUAGCCGGGGGCCGGAGGAUCACUGAUGUUUGCCCGUCCUCUCUCUGUCUCUGCCGUGGCCCAGCGUCUCCUCCCGACCGCCGCACUCACCCAGCCCCGGUGACCCGCUCCAGCCAUGGGUGGGAGUCUGGGCUGCCACCGCUCCAUUCCCAAGGACCCCACGGACUUCAGCUGCGGGAAGCGCAAAUUCAGCGCGGCGUGCAACUUCGGCCACAUCCUGGUGAACCAGGAGCGACUUAACAUCAACACUGCCACCGAGGAGGAACUCAUGACUCUGCCGGGAGUCAACCGCACUGUUGCGCAGAACAUCGUGGAGUACCGGGACUGUAUCGGCGGGUUUAAGAAGGUGGAGGACCUGGCACUGGUCAGCGGCAUAGGGGCAACCAAGCUGGAGGUGAUCAAACUGGAAAUAUGCGUCUCCAGCAGGACCAGCUCGUCCCAGCACUCCCCGUCCUCCCUGCGCAAAGACCUGGAUCACCAGCCCUGCACCGGGAUCAACAUCAACACCGCCACCCCGGCGCAGCUCAUGAGCAUCCGCGGCAUCACGGAGAAGAUAGCCAAGAACAUCGUGGGGUACCGGGCGGAGAACGGCCCGUUCAAAAACAUCGAGGACCUGGUGAGGGUCACCCACAUCAACAGCUCCCUGCUGGACAGGAUCCGCUUCCAGGUGUACGUGGAGCGCUCCAGGGCGGCGUCCACCAACACCAACGGGGGGCUGACCUGCACUAAGUCCCACCCGAGUCCGACUUCACUAAGCUUCAGGAGCGACGACCUGGACCUCCCGCCCGGAGGACCGACCCAGAUCCUGUCUGUGCGGCCCAACGUGGAGCCGCCGCCGGGGUUGCGGGACGGGAAGCCCGUGGUGCGUCUGGGCACCUGGAGCCUGCAGGGCUGCUCCUGUGACAAGGCCAACAACCCGGGGGUCAAAGAGGUGGUGUGCAUGACCCUGCUGGAGAACGACAUCAAGUUACUGGCCGUGCAGGACCUUCUGGAGAGGGAGGCUCUUGAUAAGUUCUGUGUGGAAUUAAACCAAGGUACACUGGCCAGCAUACGGAAGUGGAAGUGGCCACGAGGGCUCUGGAAAAGUGUUGUGUCUGAAAAACCCACCGGAUACUCCAGUAAGGGAGUGAGCUACUCUGGUUUUCUGUGGGACAGCUUGUCCGGUAUUGACCUGAAGGACGCUUCUGUCUUGGACGCUCCUGUUGUCAAUGGCAAUGGGCAUCACACCUACCCUCUCCUCUACUUGGCUCACUUUAUUGUCGGUUCAUACGAACUGACAGUGGUGAACGUGCACAUGCAGGCCACAGCUUCACCAGGAGAGUCCAACGGCAAGAACCACAACACAGAAGAAGUAAAAUGUCAGCGCCUCUCGCCGAGUAUCCAGGAGACACUCAAAGCUGAGAAGGAGUUGGUGGUGCUGGGAGAUUUCAGCUCCCCCCCUCAGAGCUCAGAGCUGGACAUACUGAGAAAAGAGAAACUCUGUGCUCUGAUCCCAUCCACCCAGUUCACCAACAUCAGCACCCGCUCACCACAGGGCACCCAAUGCCUGGACAACAUCUGGGUCAGCCGCUCCCUCAAGAAGCUCUGUUCCGGCCACUGCAUGGUCGUGCGGGAGGGCUUGACCAACCCCUGGAUCCCGGAUAACUGGUCAUGGGGCGGUGUGGCGUCAGAUCACUGCCCUGUGGUGGCUGAGUUUUAUGCAGACGUGUCCCCUAAGGAGCUGAGCAGGCCUGGUAUGGUGGAAGUGGACAGAAGAGACACUAUGCCCAAACAUGAACGGUGACAUCAUCCACAGUGACACUAGAGAAUGUGGUGGAUGACAUUAGAAUGACUUUGUCCUGUCUGGAUCCUGCUCUGUCUUGUUGUGACAUGGAAUUAAAGAGGGUCCUGAUGAACGUGAAGAAGCGCCAAGACUGCCUUUUGCGUUUCCGUUUAUCAGUGUACAAUAGUGACUGGUAAGUCAUAGAACAACACAAAUGUUCAGACAAAAUAAUGUACUAAUUCAAGAAAUGUGCCAACCAUUUUCUAUAUGUAAAUGAAAUAAAGACAAAUUGAUAGAU